CCUUCCUGUGCUGGAUGUUUAAGUUUUCAUUUGAAUCUAUAUUAUUAUUUGUUCUUGUGGAUUUUUAAAUAUUAUUUUUUCUUAAUGUAUUUUGUGGUAACUAUAUAGUAAAAGAUGAAAAUUAAGAAAGUAAAAUCUUCACGAUCAUCUGCGUUGAGCAAGGCAGUUACAAAUGUGAAACAAAUUAUUAAAAAAAAAGAUAAAGGAGCUGUUAAGAAACAAGUUUUAGAGAAACCUAAAACGAAAGUUGAAGAAUCAAAUGGGUAUAAAUCGUCACGAGGUGUCGUAUAUAUUGGACACAUUCCUUAUGGAUUUUUUGAAGAUGAAAUGAAAGAAUAUUUUGAACAAUUUGGAACGGUCACCAGAGUGAGAGUGGUACGAUCAAAAAAAACUGGAAAAAGUCGUGGAUAUGGAUACAUAGAAUUCAGACAUCCAGAAGUAGCUAAAGUAGCUGCUAAAACAAUGCAUAAUUAUUUAAUGUGCGGUAGACUGUUAACAACCACUUAUAUUCCACCUGAAAAACAGCAUUGGGGAUUCUUUUCACAUAAACCUUGGAGUUCUAAGAAUUAUCCAAGAAUAUUAAAUAGGAUGAAAGAAUUAAAGAAGAAUGAAAGUCCAGUAUCAGAAAUUAAUUACUAUAAAAAUGUUAGAAGGUCGUUAAGACAGAUUUCUGCUUUAGAAGAAAAAUUAAAAAGUUCAGGUAUAAACAUAAAAUUUAAACUAGCCGAUGUACCUAAAUAAUAUGGACUAAAUAUACAUGUAUUUA